AUGGGGGUUAAGUGUAUAACUCAAUUUGUUGCUUCAACUAUAGCAGCUAUAUUCACACCAAAGCAGCAUCUAGAAACACAGAUAUACAAGACCGUGUGUAAAGGGGCAGAUAGGAAUUUCAUUUCUGGGGUUUGUAACCCUUCUCGGAUUCUUGGGAAUUACACUUCCAAAAAUGUUAGUCAGAAAAAUUGGUUGUUAUUGGGAGCUCUGAAUGCCAAUUUUGGCUCAGCUAGAUUAAUUCAUGGCACUGCGCCUAUGGGGAGAGAUUAUUAUGAUGUACUUGGUGUGAGCAGGAAUGCAAAUGCAUCUGAGAUUAAAAAAGCUUAUUAUGGGCUUGCGAAGAAUCUGCCUCCAGAUACAAAUAAAGAUGAUCCUGAAGCUGAGAAAAAGUUUCAAGAAGUUCAAAGAGCAUAUGAGGUUUUGAAAGAUGAUGAGAAGCGACAACAAUAUGAUCAGGUUGGCCAUGAGGCAUAUGUACAACAAGGAGACAGUGGUGUUCCCAAUGAUUUUCAUAAUCCAUUUAAAGAUUUCUUCCAAGACAAUAUAUUCGAAGACUUCUUUGGUCGUAGACAUGGAGGUGAAGAUGUCAAGGUAUCUCUUGAACUAUCCUUUAUGGAGGCUGUUCAGGGAAGCACCAAGACUGUGACAUUUCAAAUUCAUUUGCCAUGUGAACCUUGUGGUGGGCGUGGUGUUGCCCCUGGAGUCAAACCUGAAAAAUGUACUCGCUGUAAAGGCUUAGGAAUGAUUUCCAUGCAACAGGGCCCAUUUAUGGUGCAGAUUACUUGUCCUCAGUGUCAUGGAGAACGGGAAAUUGUGCCGCCUAAGUAUAUCUACAAGUCAUGCAAAGGAAGGCGAGUUGUAUUAGGAACGAAGUCAGCCAAGCUUAAUAUCGUGCCAGGAGUAGAUAAUGAUGAGACCAUAAAGGUUCACGAAGAUCCUGUUUUCCGAAGAGAAGGUGCUGACAUUCAUGUAGAUGCUGUUUUGAGUAUUACUCAGGCAAUUUUGGGGGGAACAAUCCAAGUCCCAACUCUCACAGGAGAUGUAAUCCUCAAGGUUCACUCUGGCACCCAGCCCAGUCAGAAGGUAGUUUUGAAGAAGAAAGGGAUCAAGACGAGGAACUCUUACUCAUUUGGUGAUCAAUAUGUGCACUUCAAUGUCAGCAUUCCAUUGAAUUUGACCCCAAGGCAACGUGAAUUGAUUGAAGAGUUUGCCAAAGAAGAGCAAGGGGAAUAUGAUAAGCGUGCUACUGCUGGAGCAUCAGGGUAAAAUGUAGACCAAUUGGUGUCAUUUGUUUGCUAAUUCUUAGCAAAAAAGGAUUAAGGCAACUGAAGAAAAAGCAUCUAUUGUUGAAAGACCCACCCACUCUAUAAGUUUUGUAUGAGUGACUGGGUCGUUUUUGUCCUUCUUUUGUGUUUUU